AUGCAGUGGAGUCGGCGCUGCCUCGUAGGCGCUGCCCUGCGCUGCGGCACAGCAGCAGGAGCAGUAAAGCACAGCGGUGUGGGGGCAAGGAAAUUUUUGUCAUCGGCGGCGGGCAUAGGUGCCUGCUGCGUAAGCUGCCAAUGCUGGCAGCUGCGUUCAGCGGUUACAAUAGCUGGAGAAGUGGAUGCAGUAAGAACGGGAGCAGCAGGAGGCGUUUCACGGCGUGCGCUGCAUGCAGCCAGAGCACCACCAAAAAGUCAGACGGCGACAGCUGCGGAAGUGGGUCCACAUGCAGCAACGGAACCAGCUGCCUGGGCUGCUCCUUCUGCACCCAAUGAAGAUGCCAAGCUGUAUACUGUUGCUGCAGCUUCUCGUCAGCUGGCUGCCACAGUGCCUCUGCAGCUGCUGAAGUCUGCUGCGGCAGCAACGGCGUCUGAAGCAGCAGCUGCCGAUUGGAGUCCUCUGCGUGCUCUGUGGAAUCGCUGCGUGAAGCAGCAGCAGCAGCGCGAUCUGGGUAAAGACGAUGCACCGCUGCAGCUAGAUCACGUUGCUCUUCUCCUUGAAGGAUGUUUUGCUGCGGGCAUGCGCGAGUUUUCCGUAGUCAGCGGCUUGCUGAACAUUGCCCGAACCGCCGUGGCAGAAUCUCCUGAAUCUCUGUUGCAACAACUCCCUCGCCUAAGCAGAGCUGUGCGCAGCCUGGCGUUUUUGCAUUUCGACUUCUUUCGAGACGCGGAAAUCGCAGUUGCGCAAACAGGGCCCUCUCGAGUUGCCUCUCUUUGGAGUGGACGGGAUCUGUGCUCCGUCGUUGAGGCGUUUGCCCAGCAGCGUAUGCCGUCGGCUGCCCUCGUUACAACGGCGGAGUUUGUGCUGCAGCAGCAGCAGCCGCUGCUGCCCUUAGCCACUGCUGCGCGGCUGCUGCUGGCGUGCGCGCAGCUGGACGUUCAGGUCGAAUCUGUGUUGCAGCCGCUGCAGGAGCGCUUGCAGCAGUUGCUUGAAGGGCAGCUGCAGCAGCGGGAGCUGGGACGGGUGGAGGCGUUGGCUCUUGGCUCAGCCGCUGAAGCAGCACUUCUGCUGUACCAUCACCCCCAGUGCUUCCAGCAGGAACGCUGGAUGACUUUGCUGCUCUCCUGUGUUGAGAGGGUUGCUGCCUUUGCUGCUGAGCAGCAGGAGGCCUUCUGGAUAUUUCCGUCAAAUGCUCGACUCCACAGGCAACUUCUUCUCUGCCGUCUGGCACUGCGUACUCUCAGCCGCCAUUCGUACGAGCACCUUGACGUGGAAACUCGGCGGGCUCUACGGCAGCUGCAGCGCGUGGAGUUGACGCAUACACCGAGGCCGCCGACUGUCUUUGUGCAGAAGUUUAGUGCCAUUCUAUCCAAGCUGCGAAUCGCUCACCAGGCUUACGCAAUGCGGGGCAUCCUUUGUUUCGAUAUUCUGGAACGCGAUCGCAAGCUGGCUUGGAGCUGCGACGGAGCAGAUCGGUUCUACGUGCACACAAAUAGCAAAACAGCAACGGUGCGCUUGCAUGAAAAGAUCACGCGAGGCCUUGGAAUCCGAAUGGCACACUGCGCGUAUUGGCAGUGGAACAAGAUGAAGGCCAGAAGAACUCGCAUCGAAUUCGUCCGGAUGAGUCGCUAUUAUGCACUACAGGAUCGUCGCGAGACGGACUUGACAUUUGAAGGAUGGUUGCUUCCCCAUGUGCAUCAUGUGCAUAAGCAGAACAACAUCGAAGCUUUCUGUCACUUUCCAAACAAUCAGCCCUUGGGUCACGCUGUUUACUAA